UAUAUAUAUAUAUAUCUUAAUUAUGGAGAAAAAGAAUAAAACCAUUAAACAAAAAAGAUAAGUAAAGGAAAAAGGAAUAAUAAAACAGUUGUUGUCAAUUCAAUAGAACAUAUUACAAUAGCAAUUCCGGAUUCAAUUAUUUCUAAUGUUAAAUCAUCUUAAUUGAGAUGUCUCAAUUAGCAAAGAUUUUGGCAAUCUUUUAAGUAGAUGAAGUCAUUAUUCUUAGAUAUUGUUCAUAGUAUUUCUGUAUAAUAAAUUUAGUAUACCUAAAAACAUAUAAUUUCAUUUAUCUUUUAUUGUUCAUAAUCUCUAAUAUUUAAAAAGUCUAUAAUAUUUGAGAAAGUAUUUAUUUCCAAAUCAUUUUGAUCUCAAUUAUGUUUAACUUAUGAAUCCUUAUUAAUCUAUACAUCAUUUAUUAAUAGAAUAGAUAUUUUCAUAUAUGUUAGAAAGACUAACCAAAGAAGAUAUAUCUUGGGUUAAAAUUGGAAUUAAACAAUAAGUCUUGAUUAAUUAAUGA